UGUUUGGAGACGUUGUGCUCUGCGCCACUCGAAACACAUCCAAUUUCUAAGUGUCUAGACUUCAUCUUGGUGUCGAGCAAUGGCAAUGAUCCUCAAUUUCCUUGUCACGAGAUAUAUCGGAGAAAUCGCAGACUUCGUUGAGAGAGAGGUAUGCGAGGUUCUCGGCGUGAAGAAGGAGAUCGAAACGCUCCACCGGAGGCUGGAAACCAUCAAAGGUUAUCUUCAAGAUGCAGAUCGGAAGAGGCAUGACAGUGCCGCCAUCGAUGCCUGGGUGAGGAAGCUGAAAGAUGUCAUGUACGACGCCGACGACGUUAUGGAUCUCUGCAUGAUGGAAGGUGGAAGAUUGUUGGAGGCUCCGCGAUCCGCCUCCGCAGUAAGCUCUCCUCUCCGCUUUGUUUCUUCCUGCUUUCGGUGCGCCAAAUACCGCCAUGAAAUCGCAGGCAGAAUCAGAGCACUUGACGAUCGGCUGAAGAAGAUGGCAGAGGAUAACUCCAUAAUAUCUACACUGCAGCUCACAAUCCAAGUACCCCAAAUCUACGAAACAGUCUCACACGCGACAUCUCACUUGGAAGUCAAGGGGGACAUUGUCGGGGCACAAAUCGAGAUUGCCGCAGAGAAUCUCAUCGGUCGCAUACUCGAGGAAGACCAACAAAAGUGUCGUGUUUUUGGGAUUGUUGGGAUGGGUGGAAUCGGUAAGACCACUCUGGCACGUAAAAUCUUCAACGAUGAAAGGAUCAAAGAUAACUUUCCCAUCAGAAAAUGGUUGUACGUCCCCAAAAAUUAUUCCGACACCGAUCUGCUCAAGGAGCUAAUUAGGUGUGUAGCAGAAAGAUCCGAAGGAGGUGAACCUAAAGCCGAAACCUUUAAGGGGAAAAGUAGAGCAGAGUUGGAACCAAAACUCGCAUCUCUUCUCACGAGCAAUUUCUUUCUCGUAUUGGAUGAUGUAUGGAGUGCAAAUGUUUGGACAGAUUUGCUCAGGAGACCAAUAAUUACAGGAGAAGCUAGCAGUACGAUCUUAGUCACCACGAGAACAGUGAACGUGGCAAAAAUCAUCAAGUGCAGAUACACCCACCCGGUGGAGAAAAUGGAUGAAGAGAGUGGAUGGAAAUUGCUUCGAAAGAUAGUGUUUGAAGCUGGGGAGGAGGCCGAGAUCGCUGGGUUGGAAGAUACAGGUACCAGAAUAGUCGAAAUGUGCGACGGCCUUCCUCUUGCAAUCAAGGCCAUGGGAGGUGUUCUGAUUCCCAAAGAAAAAACCAAAGCAGAGUGGGAAAACGUCCUCCGAAGUGAUGCAUGGAGCAUGAACAGAACUGACAAAGAAUUACCGAGGGCUUUGCACUUGAGCUACGAGGACUUACCACCUCAUCUGAAACAAUGCUUUCUCUACUGCUCUCUGUACCCUGAGAAAAGCGACCUGUACUACAAGGAAAUUGUUCGGCUUUGGGUAGCCGAAGGCCUUAUUCUAAAACAAGGAGAUCGGUUGGUGGAAGACAUAGCCGAGGAGUACUAUCGGGAACUGGUUUGCAGGAGCCUUCUGCAAGUGAAUCCAUCUUACGCAGAUCACAGUUACUUCUCGAUGCAUGAUCUUUACCGGACUCUCGGUGCAAAUUUGAUGCAAGAAGAAGGCAUUUCUAUCGUUCAUGGUCGAACGUUCACCACAAACACCAACACGAAGAUUCGAAGGUUGUCGGUGUCCAAAAUGGGGCGUAGAUUAGAGCUGCCUGAUGAAGUUAUGAGACACAAGUGUUUGAGGACUUUAAUUCUUGCGGACUCCUUCAACACCCAGACGAUCGAGGAGAAUUUGCUCAGAAGUCUACCACAUCUGCGAGUGUUGGAUCUGACUAAUACAUCAAUCGAGGGAAUUCCAGAUUUCAUCGGGGAUCUGUUGCAUCUGAGAUACCUGAAUCUUAAUGGAACAAGCGUACAAGAGAUACCGGAAUCCAUAGGCCGCCUUGCGAACCUCCAAACUUUGAAUGUCUCUGAGUGCGAAAGCUUGCGCAAGCUUCCCAUGGCCAUCACCAGGCUGCACAAUCUGAGGUGUCUUCAUAUGGAGCAAACUCCACUGACUCACAUACCGAAAGGGAUCAGGAAGCUAGACAAAGUUAACAACCUUCAAGGAUUCGUCGUCGGCCAUGAGGACCCGACGAAGCCGGGACAGGGGUGUGCCUUGGAGGAGCUGCAGUCUCUUUGCAAGCUAAGCUGUCUGAGCAUAUCCAGUCUGGAGAGGGCGGUAGCGGGCGCAUCCGUGCUUGCGGAGAAACCUUUUCUUAAGGAGCUAACUUUAGGUUGGACGCCGCCGGCAGGCGGGGAAGAUGAAGACGAGGACGACGGAGAUGCGGAUGAUGGUGAGGACAGAGAAGACGAGGAGGACAAAGGAGAUAACACCCGGGUCGAAGGAGCAACAUGGAGCGAGGACCAAAUCCAGGGAGCCGAGAAGAUAUGCAAUGAACUCUCUCCUCCAUCGAGUCUACAAGAUCUUGCCUUGGAACAAUUCCCUGGUCGGCAAUUCCCGAGCUGGAUGAUGUCAACCUCACUCGGCGAAUUGUUCCCUGACCUGUUGUUCUUGGAGCUCUCCGACUUCCCGUCGUGCAUGGAGCUGCCCCCCCUAGGCACGUUGCCCAAGCUGAAGUUUCUCAAUAUAAGCGGGGCGAAAGCCCUCAAAACAAUCGGGCCCGAGUUCGUCGGUCACAGCUCGCUGGCGUUUCCCAAACUCGAGACCUUGCAAUUCAUCAACAUGCCUAAAUGGGAAGAAUGGUCAUUAGGCUGGGCGGAGGAAGCCGGCAAUGGAACGCAGCUGAAGCUGCUUCCCAAUUUGAAGAAUUGUCUCCUCAAGGACUGCCCGAAGCUGAAAGCUCUCCCACAAGGCCUGUCCUAUGCUACCAACCUCAAGGGGCUGUCCCUGCGGCAAACUUACGAGCUGAGAGAGAUCACCAAUCUCCCCUUGGCUGACAAGCUCGAGGUCACAAAUAACAUGAUGCUGAGUAGAAUAUCCGACCUCUCCGCGGUGAAGUACCUGAAAUUGUACUACGACUGCCCGAGUCUGGAGAACGUCGAGAACCUCCACUCACUGCGCCACCUGUUCGUGAAAUGUCCACCGACGAUGACGCACCUUCCGCCCUGGUUGUCGGGCCUUGUCGAUGAGCGGCAAAGCGCUCCGGCGGCUCAGUGGAGCUUCCGCAAGUUCGAGUUGCAAUGCAAUUUAGUGCUGCUGAAGAGCUGCCUCAGGGGCCACCAGAAUUGGCAUAUCAUUCAGCGGAUUCCAAAUGUCAAGAUCCAAACAUUUUCUGGGAAUGAAUACAUACGGUAUGUCAAGGAUACGGACAUGUACGAUACUAAUGUGUUGCAAUCUUAAUUAAUCUUUUUGAUUAUUGCAUGUACAAUGAUGGAAGAAAUUGUGCACCAAUGUGAAAUCCAAUUACUUAUGAGGAA